CACCCAUUUUCUGUUCGCUCUCAAUUCGUACGUUUGACAAUCAACAUUUUACCGUCGCUAUUUUAUCACCUGCUUCAAUAUGUGCCUUGCGAAAAACAUGAAACAACUAAUGAACUUUCUACCGACAGAAAUGCACUUCGCGUCGGCUUGCAGUCCGUGCAUGCAUUCAACCUUCGCUCGGGUCGCCUUUCAUCGUCAAAGCUGGAAUAGAGAAAGGGACGGGAGAACCGUAGGCGUUCUCCUCUGCAAUUUAGAAUAUAUAUAUGUAUAUUAUCCAACAGACACGAACUCGUCCGACUUAUUCGUCUGGAUUAGAUUAAAACGUCGUUCGUUGUCUCUCUGUCGAUCGAUCUGCAACGCCGCGCGUUUCUGUAGACUGACGUUCUUCACCGGUGUAUAGCUGCUGUUUUCCAUGCAAAUAUCGCCACGACUCGCGCUCCGAAUAAACGCAAAAAUAUGUACCCAAGCUCCCCCUUUUUCAUUUUCAAUUAGAAUCAACAAAUUUCAACCGCCACCGACGCGGUGGGGGAAACAAAAAUGCCGAUUUUCAAAACCUCCUUGUGACGACCGUAUACGCAUUCUUCGCAUCUGUUCUCUCGAUCAUCCCUACUGGAAAACAACUUACGAUCAGUAUACUUUUUACUGGGGUCUGACGUACCACGUAGUUACUGACGGAAAGUCGUCGUCGCUUGAAACGUAUAGAAACUUCGGGUUGUCGAUUCGAGCUAAUUAACAUCUGAUCGUUUUCCAAGUUAAAGUCGUUUGGAAGGAAUAAUGUUUCGUGGAGCCAAAAACCGCGGGCAUUAUGAGUUACCGGACGUCGAAGCUGAUACCAAAAAAACUGACGGCUAUAAUUUAUCUGCAAAAUCGAUGAGCGGUGCUCGGCUGGGAAGAGGUCGGGGGGCGCGCUUGGCGAUCUACGCAGGCUGCGGUGCCGUGGUUGUUUUGCUGGUUUUCGCUUACCGGGCUGCCGUAGCGGAGAUGGCGAGGUUACGGGAUUCCUACGAGCAGUGCGCCCACCAGCAGGAGGCCCUGGCGGCGCAGCUUCAAGUUAUAUUCGAGUACAAAGUACACCUGGAGAAAUCGCUCGCCGAAGAGAAGAGUUCUAACGCAGCGGUGAAACAGGAACUUCAGCAGCGAGCGACGCGGGAAAAAUCACUCAGGGAUAAGGACACGGUCGAAGCUAUGCAUAGGUACAACUCGUUGCAACAGGCUUACAAAACAAGGGAAACGGAGCUGCAGGAUUUACAAGCGGAGUGCGACAAGAGGCAGAGUCUCGCGCUUGAGAAUAGUCACACGUUAGAAAAUACCCUCAGAGAUGUGAGAGCUGAGCUGAAAGCGGCGCGCGACGACAAAGUCCGGUCGUUGGAACACCUGAAGAACAAGUACCUCGAAAUCGAAGUAGAGAAGAAAAAACUCGAGGACAAGUACAACGAACUGGUUAAAAACGCCGACGACAGUGGUCAGACCGCCCAACGUUUGGAGAAAGAAAAUUUCCAGCUCAGAAGAGAACUGGAAAAAGCUCAGAGAUCUUCGGGGGGUAACGCGGCGGCACCUCCGAUGAGCAGUCCGUCGACCAGAGGAAUCGCCCCGCAGCCUAUGGAGGUCGUCGAUCGAGGGUCUAAGGACGCGGGGGGGUCAGAGGCCGCGAUGAAUCUGGCGAAACCUCCGUCUCAGCAACAGAACGCAUCGACGAUAGCGUCCAGGUCGCAGACGACGAAAUCGGCGGGUGAUAUUGUCGCCAAGCCGAGCACUUUGAAGCCCGUUACUCAACCGGAAGAAAAAGUUCAAGUUUCAGAGCGAAUGAAAGCGAAGAAAAUACCGGCGGGGGUGCCACCGAUCCCGAUGAUUAUCGAGGCCGACCGAAAACCCGUGGCAACUAAUUCGAAACUCGAAAAUGGACGGGGUGUGGACGCGGCCGAAGGCAACAACCCCAAGGAAAAACCCGCCUUAGCACCGGUGGCGGACAAUCCUGAACUCCUCAAAGUUCCUCCGAUCGGGAGGCACAACGUGAAUCAACCCCUGGGACAAAAGGAGGGCAGGGAAUGGCAGCAUAAACCGCAGCACGGUGUUCAGGAAGUCGGAGACGAGCUUAAUCAGUUAGAAAAUAUAGCAGGACUCGACGACACUGGAAUUCACGCGGUUGGCGAAGGUGCGGAGUAUGCACAUUACGACGGUGGCGAUUACGACAAAGAACCGCCGAUGAAAAAUAACGACAUUCACAUAGAGGAAGGCGAGGACGAAGCAGAGGACGAAGACGACCCCAUGGACUACGAGGGUAACAAUCUCAAAGCCGACAAACAUCCUGAAUGAA